AUGGACUUGCGUGGUGUCCUUUUCCUGAUUGGAAUAUGCCUAGGCUUACCGGCAAACACAAAUGCCCAGGACGCUAUCCAGCCUUUAGAUCCUGAUUCCGUGGAUCGGUUUUUGCAGGCACCAAGGCCCGCUGAAUCCGCACUGAUCAUCGAUAACUUGGGCGCGGUCUACACCCACUGGGGAAAGAGCAUCUGCUCCGAACAGGCAACACUCGUUUACAGCGGAUUCGUCGGCGGGACAUGGUACGCGAGUAAGGGAGGCAGUUCCACGUAUUUGUGCAUGCCUAUGGAGCCUGAAUACAGCCUGUUUAUCAAGAAGAAACAAUCGAGAACCGUACUACAAAGCUCAGAACUACAAACACCGUCCAAGCAGAUUCCAGCUUUCGGAGAUCUUUACCAGAACACGCCAGCCUGUGCGGUGUGCCAAGCGUUCCGCCGUCCAGCGCAGUUCAUGUUCCCAGCGAGAAUGACGUGCCCGGAUGGCUGGACCAAGGAAUAUGAUGGGUACUUGAUGACGGCAAACAAUCGCCACAGACGUACCGAAUAUCUCUGUGUGGACGGUCAGCCUGAAGCUGUUCCGAACACGAGCAAGAAUGUCAACGGCGCCCUGCUGUACUUCGUCGAGACGAACAGUAAAACCCACGUGCCCAGCACGUACACACCGGAACGAGAACUGACCUGCUCCGUCUGUACUAAGUAA